AUGGACAUUGACGCGGCUCUAUCGAGCAGCAGCGGUGAGGACGGCGCCAAUCUCGCUUCUGGUGCAGGGAGAGGGGGCAAGCGCCAGAGCCGACUGAAGCCCAAGCAUUCUUCCGAAACGCCGGAACCCCAGGACGAUGGCCGGUAUCAGCCGCAUGAUACAGUGGAAGCGCGUUUCGGGGGGCGAUCAAAAUGGUUCCCGGGCAAGGUCCGCCGGGCCUACGAAGGGCGUGAGGGGCGACUGCUGUACGACGUAGAUUUCGACGACGGAGACGAGGAAGAAGGCGUCCUUGCCGGAAGGGUGCGCCGACCGGGGCAAGGACCACCGGCACUGAGAGCGGGCUUAGUGGUGGACGUCAAGCUGGCAAGGAAGGGCAAGGGGUACCACCCCGGUACCAUCGGCAGAGUGAAUGACGACGGAAGCCUGUACGUCAAGCUAGACGACGGCGAUUCCGAGUGGAGCCUACCCGCCCAACAGGCGAUUCCGAUCUAUCCCUACACUCCUUCUGUCGGUGGAACUAACACUGGCGCGAGUGACGGCCAGGUGGAAGCCCGCGCGGCCAGGGACGAGAACAGCAGAGCAGAACCUCAUGACGACGCCGACGACCAACUAGGGCCGAACAGCACCAGCCCCCGUGCCGCUGAGAAUGACCAGCCUGCUUCUUCGGAUAGAAGCAACAACACCCGAGGGCACCAAGCCUCUGCCGCCAGUACCGCGUCCGGACCGUUGCCGUUGUCGUCGUCGUCGUCAUUCGACGGCGGCGCAGAAAAGCAAAGCAGCCAAAAUAACGACCAAAACGGCGGUGCAGAAGAGAAAAGCGACCAGAGUGGCAGCGGCAUAAGCUGGAUUGCCGACCUGGCAAAGUCUGUAGAGACGCCAACACCUGCGGCACAACUACCCGAUCCUGCGGCAAGAACCGACGCGGGUGGAAAGCGUAGCGAAGCUGGUGAUGAUAGCGGUAACCGCGGCGGCGGCGGCGGCGGCAGCGGGCUUGACUGGAUAACAGAACUUGUGUCCCCGCUAGCGCAACCCAGUGCACGUGAGUCGUCGUCAUCCGGCGGGGAAGCAAGCGCAGAACGGGGCCCACCCGUGGCAACCGGCAACCUCUCACCCGUACCAAUCACGCAGACCCCGGCGGUCGCACCCGAUCGUGGUCCCAGCACCCCGGUAGCGACGAAGUCGCGGCCACCGCGAGCCGUAACACCGUCGCAUCUCGAGUGGAAGCCUAUCACGGACGGUUCGGCGAAACGAAGGUGGGGCGCGCCUCCUCCCGAAGUGGAUGCGGACAAGAGCAAGGGUGGCGAGGAGACGAAAACGCAGCAACGACAACAGCUACCGAAUUCUCCACCGAGGCUGUCCCGAAGCACAGCGGCACCAGACUCUACCCGCUCACUGUCGACGGACGCGGCUCCUCUGGCUGAUGCCCCGGCUUCGAGGAGCGCUACGCGCGUCUCCGCGCCGAAAAUCGCUCUCCCUGCUGGGCAACAAGAGCCGAAAGCAAAGACAAAUGUCGGCGGUGAGAGCAAUGCGUCGAUCGCUUCCACCGACACGAUUGCUUCGCAAGGGGCGAGAUCGGGAGGCAGGCCCCCAACGGUACCCGUGGCCGGAGGGCGUACGCCCGGCCCCGAGGUGCGCGAGCGCGAUGACGCGAACACGCAGCACUCAUGUGACGCUUCCGGCGGAGCGACGGCAGAAAAUCUGGGAGGCUCGCAAGACAACCAGGGCACGGAGAUGCAUGCGACGCAACAAGAGGGAGCCGCAAGCUUCGAGUCGUCAGGGUCAGUAAACGCCACCGUGCCUCUACCCGGGGGGGGGGCACAGAUUGCGCUACCAUCGGUACAGAAGAAAGGUGUUGCGGAAGGGCAAAGCGUCCGUGGUGGGAGCAGCCGGUGGGACAUCAUCCGGUCUUCAGUGCAGCGUCGGUAUGCCGCCGAAGCAAUGCAUCUUUCUGAGGAGGUGCGACUUCUUACCGCCAAGCUGGCGGCGGCGGAGGACAAAACACAGGCCAGGCUAGUGCAGCAAGAGCGGAAGCUCGUCCGGCAGAUGGAUGAAGUGCUGAAGCGCGAGCGUGACAAGAUGCAGGCGCUCUUGAGCGAGGAGAGGGCGUCUAGCGCCCGACGUAUCAACACCCUGAAGGGGGAGGUCGAUGCCGCGAGGAGGCAGUUAGAGCUUGAGAGAAGACGCAGCGAAAAGGCCGCGUCAACCGGUGGGCAAGCUAUCUUGAGCGGGCGACGGGCGAAAACGUCUCCUCCGCUCCACCACACCACCGGAUCUGUUAGAGGAAGAGAGAAGACGCGCGGCACCGUCAGCAGCUACGAACCCGCCCAUUGCGAGGCUCCAGAUAGAUCGGCAAGCACAGUGAGGCGUCCUCGUUCCAGUUCAAGUGCACGGGUUUCCAGAACAGGGCCGUGGGGCUUGUCGGACAGAGAUGCAGGGCGGCGUUGUCCUCCACCGCCCCCGUUGUCGCUCGCGACAACAUGCCCCGAUAGCGGCCGAAAGGCUUCUUCGGCCGCCAGUGCCAGUGAAGGCGCAAGAAGGACGAUCUUCUCGGAACGGUUGGGGCACACAUCGUCUUCGGUGCUCUCCCCGUUGUCUUGUGGUGGUAGUGGUGGUGGUGGUAGCGACGGUAAGGGUGUGGAAUAUCUUGCCCUCGAAAACAUAUUGAGAAAUGUCCUGGCGACCGUCGCGGAGCCAUCCUCCUCCUCCAAGGAAGAGUCGUCGUUCCACAACCGAAAGCGAGACGGCGAGCAAGAAGAAAGGUCUGGAUCAGAAGGAGAGGCGUUCGAAGAGCUGGCGCCGCCGCCUCCACGGCAACGGGAACGAGCGCCUGCCCACAGAGAGAGAGCCGUCAGCGACGGCCACCGCGAACAAGCCUCGCGCUGGCGACUGGAGACGGAGCGGCGAGACACGCGUAGACGCCUGGAGGCCAUGAAGGGCGAGGUGGAGAGAGUCGUGGGACAGUUUCGGGCUCGUGCGGAGAGGGCGGAGGCCGCGGCUGCUUCCGCGGAGCAAAGAGCUAAGGUCAAGGCGCUGCGAUAUCUUCGAUCGAAACGCUCGCCACCCACCACCGCAGGGUUUGAUUGA